AGUUGUGAGAAGAUCUUGAAAGGAUGAAAACGUGUUUGUGUCUGCUGGCGUUGGCCGGAGUUGUUUUCUCCGAGCCAACUACAGUGUUCAGAGAAGAAUUCACAGAUGCUGACUGGGCAGAUCGAUGGGUAGAUUCCAAACACAAGAGUGACCUUGGCAAGUUUGUCCUAAGUGCAGGAUCAUUUUAUGGAGAUGCUGAAAAGGACAAAGGUAUCAAAACUUCUCAAGAUGCACGUUUCUAUGCAACGUCUGCAAAAUUUGACAAGCCUUUUGACAAUGAAGGAAAGACUCUGGUUGUGCAGUUUACAGUCAAACAUGAACAGAACAUUGAUUGUGGAGGAGGCUAUGCUAAACUUUUCCCUUCUGAACUUGACCAGACAAAUAUGCAUGGAGAUUCCCCAUACGCAAUCAUGUUUGGACCCGAUAUAUGUGGCCCUGGAACCAAGAAAGUUCAUGUCAUCUUCAAUUACAAAGGAAAGAAUCUGCUAACAAAGAAGGACAUCCGAUGCAAGGAUGAUGUUUUCACCCAUCUCUAUACCCUGGUUGUCAAACCAGACAACACCUAUGAGGUGAAGAUUGACAAUGAGAAGGUCGAGAGUGGUACUCUUGAAGAGGACUGGGACUUCCUUCCAGCUAAGAAAAUCAAGGAUCCUGAAGCAAAGAAACCAGAUGAUUGGGAUGAGCGUGAGAAGAUUGAUGAUCCAGAAGACUCCAAGCCUGAUGACUGGGAUAAGGCUGAGCAUAUUCCAGACCCUGAUGCCAAGAAACCUGAUGACUGGGAUGAUGAUAUGGACGGAGAAUGGGAGCCACCAAUGAUUGACAACCCAGAAUACAAGGGAGAAUGGAAACCAAAGCAGAUUGAUAACCCAGACUACAAAGGAAAGUGGAUUCAUCCAGAAAUUGACAACCCUGAAUACAGCCCUGAUGAUAAACUUUACCAUUAUAGUGAUAUUGGUGUUAUUGGAUUUGAUUUAUGGCAGGUAAAAUCUGGAACAAUUUUCGAUAACAUUCUGAUCACGGAUGAUGUGGAUUUUGCUGAAAAAGUAGGAAAAGAUACAUGGGGACAAACUAAAGAUCCUGAAAAGAAAAUGAAAGAUGCUGCUGAUGAGGAAGACAGAAAGAAGAAAGAGGAAGAAGACAGAAUUCGCAAGGAGGAGGAAGAAGCAAAUAAAUCUAAAGAUGAUGAGGAUGAGGAUGAAGAAGAUGAAGAUGCCGAUGAAGAAGAGGAGGAGGACCAGGAGGUUCAUGAUGAACUCUAGAUGACGCACCAAUUUCCAUAUGUGAUUCAUACUUGUUAGUGCAGUAUUGGGACGAUGCGCUCAUUUUUAAAGGGACACAUUCAUAAAUCAUGUGGGGAACAUACUUUUGUUAAUUUCUUCUUUCAUAGUGAAUACUUUUUAAUAUAAGAUGGGGACUAGACUUUAACUUAUACCAUUGUGCAACUGUGUUUGAAUGUUGUGUAACUGUUGAGAGUUUAGAUACAAGUGAGGAGAGUAUUUGUUGGUGUCUGAUAAUUGAGUAAGUGUAUGAUACCUGGGCUUGCUUUAACAGUCUUUCUGAGUAGCUAGUAAUGUCCCUGACACAACUAUUUCUAGGGUUUGGAAAUUCAACCCUAAUCAGAAGUUACAAAUGAUAGGUUCUAUUUUUCAUGUUUUCUUUUGAGAUUUAUUCAGUUUCUUCACCUAUGAUUUAAGACUGUAUUUUAAGUCCAGGUUCUCUGCAGUGUUUUGAUCCAUGAUGGAUGAAGUGGUAAUAAACACUUUGUUUUAUAAAA